UAUGGUAAAGUGGAACUAUGGGAUACGAUUUGCUGUGCUGCAACACCCAAGAUGGCAACCAGAUUCCGUCAGUAGAAAGAGAAAUUUGUGAGAUUUGACUUUGAGUGAUUCGUGAAAUUAGCGAAUAUUCAACCAUGGAGCAGCAACAGGAACGUUCAGGAAAACAAUCUGGCGAGUUUAUCGUUGGACUUAAGUAUAGACUUGUCCGUAAAAUCGGCAGUGGUUCCUUCGGUGACAUUUAUCUGGGUAUCAACAUAACAAACGGCGAAGAGGUUGCUGUGAAACUGGAAUCUUGUAAAGCCAGACACCCUCAACUGUUGUAUGAGAGUAAGUUGUACAAAAUUCUUCAAGGUGGUGUAGGCAUUCCUCACAUUCGAUACUAUGGUCAGGAAAAAGAGUACAACAUUCUUGUCAUGGAUCUUCUGGGGCCAAGCCUGGAAGACUUGUUCAACUUCUGUUCCAGGAGGUUCACAAUGAAAACUGUUCUCAUGCUUGCUGAUCAAAUGAUUGGACGUAUUGAAUAUGUCCACAACAAAAAUUUCAUUCACAGAGACAUUAAGCCUGAUAAUUUCCUAAUGGGAAUAGGAAGACAUUGCAAUAAAGUCUUCCUCAUUGAUUUCGGUUUGGCUAAAAAGUACAGAGACAGCCGAACCCGUACGCACAUCCCCUACCGCGAGGAUAAAAACCUGACAGGAACAGCCCGGUAUGCUAGUAUCAACGCCCACCUGGGUAUUGAACAGAGUCGAAGAGAUGAUAUGGAGUCACUUGGCUAUGUUCUGAUGUAUUUCAAUCGAGGCAGCCUCCCGUGGCAAGGGUUAAAAGCCAACACCAAGAAGCAGAAAUACGAGAAAAUCAGUGAAAAGAAAAUGUCAACUCCAGUUGAGGUCCUUUGCAAAGGCUUCCCUGCUGAAUUUGCCAUGUAUUUGAAUUAUUGUCGUGGUCUUCGAUUUGAGGAAGCUCCUGAUUAUAUGUAUCUACGUCAACUGUUCAGAAUCCUAUUUAGAACCCUCAACUACCAGUACGACUACACAUUUGACUGGACCAUGCUGAAACAAAAGGCAGCACAGGUAGCACAGUGCACAACAACUGCUGCUCCGACGGCAGGUAGAGGCUGAGUUAUUAAAUUUUGGACUUCAUCUCACUGUUACACCGUUACAGUGUCCCACUGAUCGUCAUGAACUGAAGCAGGGAGCAGUGAUACCAUUUGAAACAGUCUUCGUGGGUUAGGAUGUAGACUCAUAUGUGUAUACAGUUUAGGAAAGAAGUCCCAUGAAGGAAUGGAUAUUUUAAAGCUGAGAUCAAAUAUAUCUCCUACCCAAAUGAAUCCGGUUUUCAGACUUGUCAAAGAAAGGAAAAGCACUAAUACAAUGGUGAAUGUUGAGUGCUGCGUGUGUUUGGUGUCAUUUGUUAAUUUAAUGAAGGAAUAACAUCCCGUGUACGUGACUUGUUGUGAACGCCAAACUGUCAUCAUUUUGAUUCGCUCUUAAAGAUUCCUAAACUGAUUACAGGCUAAACUGUGUCGGUACUCUUGUAGCAUUAAAUAAAAGCUCUUGAAUUUGCUUAAAAUUAGUUUUGGGCCCAACUAUAUUCAUUUCAGCUUUGUUCUUUCUACAAAUGAUCUGCUUUUCUCAUGUUUCCAUACUGUGAAUGUGUCCAAAUUGGGGAGGGGGUGUUAAAUUUUUCGUUUUUUCGUGUUUAGUUGUUAGCCUUGAAUUUUUUUUGGAAAUUCAUGCUUUACUUUAUUGCUUGUGUUGGAUUGUAAACUAUGGUUGGAAAACUUUGAAAGCUGUCAUCAAGCUAUAUAAAAUUUGAAUACUUUUCAUAUUGUAUUUAUAAUUUAUGGUUACAAACAUUUUUAGUUGAGGUAUGUUGAUCAUUAGGUGAUGGAACAGGUUUUCAGUUUUCUCUUUCGAUUCAUCGUCUUUGAAAAUAUGUUCAUUUCAUUGGAGAACUUUGUUGCUUCUACUUUUUAUGGAUGUUUUCGGAGAAAAAAAAUUUUUUUCUGUAGGCUUAGGUCCAGGCGGGUGUGGUUGGGUUUUAUUCUUUUACUUUUGUAAAUUAAGUGUACACCCAUUAUCAAAAUAUUCAGCUAAUAAUUGUGGGUGGAUUUUGCUUUUUCUGAUCUGAUUGUAAUGCGAAAUCAAUUGUUCAGACAAGACCAACAGUAUUUAACACUUUAACACUUGUUUGAAUCAUCAGUAAUUGUCUGUACACUAACUUGUCAUGUAGCAAAAUGAGAGUCCCAACUAAAUUCUCAAGAAUGCUAAUGUUGAAAACUUUUUUUGAAUAUUAUUAUUAUUUCAGGUCUUGUCAGCUCUAAUGUUUUUAUUAUUAUAAUAUCCAUACUGCGGGGAAUGUUCAAAUGUCACCUUCCAGUCCAUUUUUGUUGGUGACUUUGACUUCCUAUCCACUGGCCCUGUGAAUAUAUCUCUAUAAAACUCCUUGGAAAGCCAGAUCCCCCUGAUGCUGGCCAGCUGUUUGACUGUUUCUCAAUUCUGUGUUAUUGUUUCAUUAUAAUAUGGUCAUGGAGAGGCAGAUAAUUUCUUGUUUUUCCUAAAUUCAGAAAAGAUAUAUGUAAUGUUUGGAACUGUGCUUGUCAUUUGGAAUUGAAGUGGGGAAACAAAAUAUAAGUUCUUUUGAAAUUUUGGUUGUGUACUUGCAACGGCUGUACCCAUUGCUACAAGGUCUGCUGUGGAUGGAUGGCUUUUUUUUUUUUUUCAGAGCAAACUCUUUUGGAAAUAUGUAGACCGUAUUUAACAUGUUUGGGUCUUUAGCGUUGUUGUACAAAAUCUUUGCUGGCUUUGAGGAUUUGUUUUCACAUGCAUUGAAAAGUUAAAUUUAAAAAUAUGUACUUUGCUGUAAUUGUGAAAUGGAUGGUAUGAUGUCAUAUCCCAGAAGUCAUCAUGUAGUCUUUUUUUUUUCUUGUUGAAAGUAAUAUUUACGCGAUGCUUUCAUCUUGUUUUGGAUUGUGUAUGAACAGCUUCAAUCCAUUGGAUAGACAAGUAAAGCCUUACAGCAGUGUCAGAGUUUGCCAUUUACAAAGAAGACAAGUCCUGUGUGUAUAACAUUACUAUUUGUGAAUGUCUAUUAUGUGCUACCUCAUAUUUUGGGUUAUUGUCAGCUGGGUUUUUGUCUUUCGUAUUUUUAGCUCUAAUGACAUGUUCAUAGAGUCAAAAUCCCACCUUUACAAAAAAAACUUCAGAAUGAUGACAGUGGUGAAAUGUAUGUGACAGCUGUGACUAAUUUACAUGUUUGAGAGGUUAUAUUAUACAGCACAGGUUUUGUUUCUUUGUUUGAUGGUGAUCAGCUUUGACUUCUGUGUAUGUUAUUGUGAGAGCUUAUGUCUGAAAUCACUUAUAAAUCUGUCCAAUCAUCAUUCACCACCAUACUGAUGGUGCCAUGGGUUUUUUGUGGGGUCAUUUUCUGUCAGGGCCUUUCAGUUGGGUCACAGUCACACAGCACUAGCAUAUGAUAUGCAGCUACUGUUGUCAUAUAAACUAGUGACCAGUGAGGUUUUGGGGUUUGGGGGGGGGGUUCUUGGUCUCCAAACAAAUUUUUAUCUGUGGUUCAAAAGAGAUUUUGGUGGUCUUGAAGAUGUUUGGUUUAUCAUUGGUGGACUCCAGGUGUUUCAAGAUGAAUGAAAUCUGUAUGGGGGUGCCUAGUUGUUCCCAGAUGACCAGAUAAUUUUUUUCAUCUUCACUUACAUGGAUAAGAAAUACUAUGGCAGGAUAGCAAAACUUUUCAGCUUACCUUCCUUGUGGAUUUUUAAACAAAUGACUUUAAAUACUUUAAUUACUUGACUGAAUUGUUUUUUUUUGGGUUUGUCAUGUUUUAUAGACUGAACUUUUGUAUAGCUAAAUAUUGUUUGUUCGUCAGAAAAAA